GUUUGUUUGUGUUUGGUGAAAAAUAAUUUCGUGCCUUUAGCUAGUCGAAGACGAGCAGUCAACGGUAAAAGUGAAACGUAACAGUGCGAUAGUGCAGCGUGAAAUCGCGAUGGCAUCGUCUCGAAGGAAACAGGACGAGAAGAACCUAAAGACUUUACGCGAAUUGGGCGCCCUGCCGUCGAAUAAGUACUGUUUCGAUUGCAACCAACGCGGCCCCACGUACGUGAACGUUACCAUCGGCUCUUUUGUCUGCACGAAAUGUUCGGGAAUGCUACGAGGUAUAACUCCGCCGCAUCGCGUAAAAUCAAUUUCGAUGGCGACAUUCACAAACGAAGAAAUCGAUUUGCUAAAGGGCAGAGGUAACGAUUAUUGCAAACAAGUGUGGCUCGGCCUCUACGAAGGUGUGCCUACGGCGAAUACAAUCGGCGACGAAACGCUUAUUAGGGACUUUAUGGUAGAAAAAUAUGAGAAACGUAGGUAUUACUUGGACCCGGUGAACGUGAAACCGUCGGAAGAAACGAAAUCAUCGAAGACCAACGGUGUUCACCAGACACAAACGACGACUCAACGACCCCGGCCGGAAAUCAACAGAAACCACGCGACCGUCCGGAGCAAUUUGAACAACUUGAACAACCUGAACAACGCGAACAACGCGACAACGAAUGCGAAUUCGAACGGUUUCGUGGCGGACUUUGAUAGAGCAGAUAUAUUCACGGGCGGUAGUACGACGGUGGUUAAUGGUAGUGCGGUGAAAGGACACCAUCAGCAACAACAACAACAACAGCAACAAUACAGUGAUUUCGCUAAUUUCGAUAAUAAUACGGUUUUUAAUCAUACGAACGGCAACAACGGUACCACAACGGAUAACUUCAGCUUAUUCGACUUGUGCUAUUCCGAAUCGCACGGACCUCUUUUGAAUCGAGUUCCUCUAUUUCCAAAGUGCAACGUCAACCGUUGGAGCCUGCCCAUACCGAACGCCUUCAACGACAACGGCUGGAACAAAUCCGGCACCGGCUCGUCGAGCCUGAACGGCUCCUUGAACAAUUCGAACGGCACCGCCGCCCCCGUCGAAGACAGGUACGCCGCCCUCAAGGAUCUCGACAACGAAAUCAAAUCGCAGAAGAACGGCAGCUUCGAUUGGACGAGCAGCAGCGGCUCCAACGGCUCGCUCUACAGCUCGCCGACGCCCACCGGAUCGAUGUACAGCUCGCCCUCGUCCCAGGGCUCCAUUUUCGGGUCACCUAGUCAAGGUCAGUUUUUCGCCUGCUUCCCUACGAAUCAAGACUCGAACGCAUCGAACGUGGUGUCCAAUCCUUUCAAUGCGAACGGACUGAAUUGGUCUAACGUGAGCAACGGAUUGCAAUCCGCCCAACAACCGUUCGCUAAUCCUUUUAGGGAUACCCCGAAAACGAAUGGUUACAACAAUUUCCAGCCGAUGGCCACAACGUUUGCCAAUAACGGCGGGCUUGCUGUGAACGGUACCAACGGAUGGACGCCGAAUCCUUUUAAGGUGGGAGGACCAACCACGAUGAACUCGAAUAAUCCUUUCUUAUGAAAGUUUCACCGAAGAUUGUAAAGGUCUUAUUGCCAGUGUGCCCUAAAAUAUAUAUUCUAUAUCCCGAGUUUUGGCUCAUUUAACUCUAGCGGAUGCAUAUUAAUAUCUAAAACCUUAUUUUUAUCUCUCUAAUUCACAUCUUCUCUCUAAUAAUUGUAAUCGAACACAGACGAGAAAAGGAGGAAGCAAAAAGUUAUGAAUUUGUCGUCUGGUGUUUACUAUGUUUAGCUUUACCCUCUACGUUAUUUAUUAUUUUCUUAUGGAAUAUUUAUUUAUCGAAGUGGAUGGAACUUCUAUCAGUCAUGCCAAAAAAAGCUUUCGUCUGUCUAUGUAAUAAUUAAUGAAAUGUAUUUCCAAGGUUAUUAUUCAAAUGUAAUAUUGUUGGAUUAAUAACUUUAGGAAAAACCUAGUUAGCUUUCUUUGAAUUAAAAGUACGCUUAUUAUAAGCAAAUAUAUAAUUAUCAGUAGAUACGUUAAUGAAAGAUGCGUUAUUUUUGUGGCAGAAGAUUGAGCUCAGUUUUAAUCAAAAAGUGCUUUAUCUAUGGAACAACAUUAAAGAACCAAACCCUUUGUUUGUUUUAACUUAAAAGUAUGAAUGUGUGUUUUAAAUAUUGAGGCGUUAUUGAGUAAUUCAAUUGUGCUUUUAGAUUUUAUGACAUUGUAAAGUGAUAAAUUUAAUGGAUACGAAUGGGUUUCUUUGAAAUAGGGACAUACAUGUUUUUCUAUAAUAAACACGUACAAUAUGAUUACUGUAAUCGAUAUAAUCCAAUUUCCUCAAAUAAAGUAAUGUAAUUUGAAUGACUUCGUGUAUGCAUGAACAACAUUGCUAUUAGUAUUAGGACGCUCAAGGCCUUUUUGGUCUAAUUAACAUGAUCCACUUUUUGUAUUCUGUGGAUUAUAUUUUAACCUUUACGUUACUAAGAAUUUUAACACUUGUAUAAAAUAUCUAUUUUAGAACUUCUGCCACUUAUGUGUAAAUAUUCUAUAUGUUACUUUUAAUUACUUUGUAUUAAACAAGUGACCUUCCAGUCUAUUAAAUGUUUUUGUUUUGGAUGGGAUUUUUUUUGUUGUUAUGAAGAUCUUUUGGAUUACACAUUUUCUGUGAUAGAACUGUUAGAAAUUAAUUUCGCCUAAUAAUCAAAAUAAAUCUAUAAUUAUUAAAUUUACAGCUUAUUGACUAUGGCCCGUAUUCAGCGCCUCACUUUAACUUUAGAGUGACUCUAAAGUCGCGUCUUUAACUUGACAGUUUUACAUUGUUGUUAUGGAGUAAC